AAAACCCAAAAUAAGUAACUGAGAAUUAGAAUUUUUCUAUUCAUUUGGCGACUGGGAUUCCGUUCUUUGGAUUCAUUUCUUCAUUCAUCUGAGUUCUUCAUUUGUAGGAUUGCAUUUGCUAAUGGAACCAACCAAUUUUGAUGAACUUGAAGUUGUUGAUGCAAAACCUUUACGGAGCCUUCCUCCUGAUGUAUCCCCAUUUGGAACCUAUAUUCCUCUAUCAAACCCCCAAAUCCCAAUUCAAAAACCAUCAAUGAAUAAUAAGGUUGGGGUAUCAAAAGCCUCUCCAAUGGAUGUUAAAUCAUGUCAUGCCAAUGCAAACAAUGGGGAUGAUAACAACAGUGUAUCAAGUAAUGGAGAAAAGAAGCCAAGGCUUAGUAGACCUACUAAGAAAGUAAAACUCAGUGAAGAAGUUAGGUUAUUGUCCCUAGAAGGUGAUAGGGAAUCGGUAUCGAAGGUUUUGAUCAAAUUUGAUGCACUCAGAAGAAGGCUUGUUCAACUUGAGCCUGAACCGAGUAAGCGACCAGAUUUGAAAGUGGGGACAAUAAUGAUGAAUAAUGGGUUAAGGACGAAUGCCAGGAAGAGGAUUGGAAAUGUUGCAGGAGUUGAAAUUGGAGAUAUAUUCUUUUUUAGGAUUGAACUGUGCAUGAUUGGAUUACAUACUCAAACCAUGGCUGGAAUUGAUUAUAUGAAUGUAACAUAUGAUCAAGUGCAAGAACCUGUUGCGGUAAGCAUUGUCUCGUCUGGAGGAUAUGAAGAUGAUGAUGGAGACGGUAAAACAUUGAUUUAUACCGGGCAAGGUGGUAAUGUCUCAGUUGAUCAAAAGCUUGAAGGGGGGAAUCUUGCAUUGGAGAGAAGUGUGCACAGGGGUAAUGAAGUUAGAGUUAUUCGAGGUGUGAAGGAUGUUGAGAGUCGAAAAUCUAAAGUGUAUAUAUAUGAUGGGCUUUAUAGAAUUGAAAAGUCGUGGACAGAAAAAAGCAAAAUGGGUGCCGCUGUUUUCAAAUAUAAAUUGGUGAGAAUACCUGGACAACGCGAAGCGUUCACUAUUUGGAAAUCAAUUCAAACAUGGAGGGAUAACAUUGGUUGUCGUCCUGGUCUUUUAUUAAUGGACAUAACCUCAGGAGCAGAAAAAAUACAGGUUUCUCUUGUAAAUGAGAUUGAUGGUGAUAAAAGGUCUCCUCGGUUUAUUUAUUUUAAAGGUCUCAAGUUUUCAAAAACUAUGAAGCCUUUGGUUGGCUGCAAUUGUCAAGGUACAUGCCUUCCAGGUUCCAAUUGCUCUUGUAUUAAGGUGAAUGGAGGUGAUACCCCACACGCCAAUGGGGUUCUUGUGGUUCAAAAAUCUGUGGUACAUGAGUGCGGUCCUUCUUGUUCAUGUUACCCUGGUUGCUCCAACCAAGUGUCGCAUAACGGUUUGAAAGUUCGUUUGGAGGUAUUUAAGACCAAGGAAAAGGGCUGGGGCCUCCGGUCUUGGGAUCCUAUACGUGCAGGUACGUUCAUUUGUGAAUAUGCAGGUGAAGUUAUAGAUGCGGAUGCCAAAGGAGCAGAUGUAGAUGAUGAAUAUACCUUUACCGCGAUCAAUGCAGGAGACUACUCGAGUGAGUGGAAUUAUGUGCCUGAGCUAAUAGAAGAAGAGAAGCCUGUGGAUCUGAAUGAGAAAUUCAAGCCUUCAUCACCCACAAUGAUCAGUGCAAAGAAUAUGGGUAAUGUAGCUCGUUUCAUGAACCAUAGCUGCUCUCCAAAUGUCUUUUGGCAGCUUGUCUUACAUGGCCAAAAUAAGGAUUCCUUUCCACACAUCAUGUUUUAUGCUAUUAAACAUAUUCCUCCAAUGACAGAGUUGACAUAUGAUUAUCUGAAAUGCGGGAAAGAGAAGCGAUGCUUCUGUGGAUCCGCAAACUGCAGAAGUUUUUUCGGCUAGGAGUUUUGCAGAACAGAAAAUUAGUGAUGAAAGAGUGAUUUAGGAUGUCCUUUUUACAAUUCAAGAUUUUUAAAAUCUCCAAUUUUGCUAACUUCUUGAACUGUUAUGAAGAUAUACUUUCUGAAUUGUGUUUCCUCUGCCUUCAUUGACUGGUUUGAUUAGUUAUGUUAUUAUGCAUCUUAUCUGUGCUGGAAUGUUUUGUUUGUUUUUGU